UUGGGCAAACACAUUUGUCACGUGAUAGAUACAAACAACACGUCAACAAAGGACUUCUUCGCAAUCGUCCUUGGAUUGGUCGCCUCUCCGUCCACUAUACCAAAAACAAGGCCAUUGAGAAGUUCAAUAGUGCCUCUAGGAGUAAGCGCUACCUAAUGAGCAAUUUGUGUUAUGGGACUCCCAGGGCCUCUCUCAAAAGGAGGGAACUGCCACUCAAAGGCCCACACCAGCACCAUGCGCAAACGCCCAACGCACGCCAGCAAGUGCUGACGUGGAGCGAACACUCGCGGAUGACACCAGGACGCCGAAGACACGAAAAGGACGAGAGGCGGCACUCAUUCUUGCUCAUCGCACUCUCAUUCUCACUCGCACGCAGCGCUUGUAGACUCGGCUCUGGAUGGGGAGUCACAGUGAGUGAGUCUGUCAAUCCUCUCUCGAGCUCAAGCCAUGCUGAUCCAAGCUGUUCCCCGCCAUUUGCAGUGAGUGAGUCUGUUGGUUUUCCUUCGAGCUCAAGCCACGCUGAUCCAAGUUGCUGCCUGCCAUUCGCAGUGAAUGAGUGUGUCAAUCCUCCUUUGACUGGAGCCAUGCUUAUCAAAGUCGUUGUCUGCCGUUCACAGGGUGUCGAUCCUCUAUCAAGUGUGAGCCAUGCUGAUUGAUGUCGUUGCCCACUGUUCACAGUGUCUUAGUGAG